GUAAUCAGCGAGGCAAGAAUGCCUUUGCAACGGCCGUGGUCCUAAGUUUCAAGUGGCCCUUUCUCGGUACAGUAAUACCACGAAUCUGUGUAGUUGCUUUGAAGCUGUCACAGCCUUAUUUGAUCCAAGACGCUCUUAAUUUCAUCAACAGUACUGCAGUGGCAUCGUCAAACGAUACUGGAUACGGCCUCAUAGCUGCGUACGGCUUGGUGUAUCUCGGCAUCGCG